AAUCUAAAAAAAAAACAGAGUGCUCUGUUUCUUGUCGCUUUCUAAUACAAUUUUGGUAUAAAUAGGAUUGUGUUUCAAAGGCAUUUAAUCAUAUCCCCAAAACAAAAUCGAGUCCCAAAAAAACAGAGAAAAAAUGGCAACUUUUUCAUCAAAAUCCAAUAAAAGAUCCAUCAGUUUGCCAAGCAGAUCACAUCCAGCUACUCAGAAUAUUGAAGAGGAGCUUACCAAGCUUAAAACUUGGGAAUUCUCUGCUUCACCAACUGCAGAAGCUGUUUAUAAUGGUCUUGUAGGUUUUGGGGAGGUGCAUAAGUGUAUGGGUGAUCUUCUAAACUUGCCCCUUACACUUCAAUCCCUUUCUCAAUGCCAAAAUAAGAAAUGGGUCGAUGAAAUCUUGGAUAAAUCUGUCAGAUUUCUUGAUGUUUGUGGAAUAACAAGGGAGCUCGUUUCGCAAUUUAAGGAAAAUGUUAAAGAUGUUCAGUCUUCAUUGAGGAGGAGAAAAGGAGAUUUGAGCAUCAACAACUACACCACAUUCAGGAAGAAAAUGAAGAAAGAAGCCAAAAAUUUGAUUACAGCUUUGAAAAGAAUGGAUCAUGAGGAAGUAGUUGAUGUAAUGGAAAUUGAUGAUCAACUUGUCUCAGCUGUUAUUAGAGUCCUAAGAGAAGUUGCCACAAUAGGUAUUUCAGUAUUCCAAAUGGUGUUGAGUUUCUUAUCAGCUCCAAUUUGUAAGCCAAUUAGCAAAUGGUCUUUGGUUUCAAGAUUAGUGAACAAGGGUGGAGAUCAAGACAAUGUGAAUGAGAUAGAAAGUGUUGAUGCUGCAUUAAGCAGCCUUUCCAAGUGUGAUCCUAAUGAAAUGGAGAAGAUCCAAUUUGUACUAAGCAAAUUGGAAAGAGUGGAAGCUCAUUUUGAAUGCAUUGAGAAUGGUCUUGACAACAUAUUUAGAUGCUUGAUUAGAUCAAGAAGCACACUACUAAAUGUUGUCUCUUGCCAAUGAAAAUACCAUAUUAUUGUAUUGUAUAAGCAUAUCCAAAUAUUUGUAGGAUAUGCUUAUGAAAUUCAUGUAAAGGAACAUUUUUGUAAUUACACAAACAUACAACGAAAUUUACUAUUA